AUGUCAGAUCGUUAUAGUUUCUCUUUAACGACUUUUUCGCCGUCCGGCAAGCUUGUUCAAAUUGAAUAUGCUUUAAAUGCAGUGGCUCAAGGUGUAACUAGUAUCGGUAUUAAAGCAACAAAUGGAAUUGUUAUUGCAACUGAAAAGAAGACGGCUUCACCACUAAUUGAUGACUCGUCACUCGAAAAAGUGGCAAAUGUUUGCCCAAACAUUGGUAUUGUUUAUUCCGGAAUGGGACCCGAUUUCCGAGUGCUACUAGCCAAGGCAAGGAAGUCAGCGCAGAAAUACAAGAGAGUCUACAACGAAUAUCCACCAACAGGAAUUUUAGUGAAGGAAGUUGCCAGUGUAAUGCAGGAAUUCACCCAAAGUGGUGGAGUACGACCAUUUGGUGUUUCCCUCCUGAUUGCAGGUUAUGAUGAGACAGGUCCUGCAUUGUAUCAAGUAGAUCCGUCAGGUUCAUAUUGGGCAUGGAAGGCAUCUGCUAUCGGAAAAAAUAUGGUUAAUGCCAAAACAUUUCUGGAAAAACGGUAUAACGACGAUAUGGAACUUGAAGAUGCAGUUCAUACGUCAAUUCUUACACUCAAAGAGGGGUUCGAAGGCCAAAUGACCGAAAAUUCUAUCGAAAUUGGUAUUAUCGGUGGUGAGGCAACAGGGUUUACAGAAGGAAAACAACAACCUUUUUUCAGAAAACUCACACCAUCAGAAGUAAAGGACUAUUUGGCUAACAUCGCCUAG